AAAGCUUCACAAAUCCGUCGGUACACAAGUGACGUUACGCAUUUCAGAUGUUUGCCGCGCAUGCGAACCUGCGUACCAGUUAUGUGCACCCCUGCUUGACAAUAAAGCCUUGUUUACGUUUUUAAAACCUAGAUUUUAGUUGUUCUCUUUUAGUCUUAAUGCAAACAGAGAGCUUUGGUUCACACUCCAGUUAAGUAGGCGGCGGUAUUGUACCGAUUACCGAACACAAGAAUUGCCAUACGUCAUUAAACAAAAAGAAGAAGAAGAAGAAGCGGCUGCUUGUCUCACAAAAAAUAGUCGUAGAAGAAGAAGAACACAAACAAUGAGCUAAGCUAGCGGUUCUCCGUUGCUCUCUGAUUGGGAUCAAUGUACACCACGUGAAAGCUACUGUGAUGUGAGAUCUGCCAUGGACUGUCUGCAGAGAAGAGCUCGUGAGGAUUUAAUGCACAUCUGUUGACACGCGGUCAGUCAGUGAUGGCUGUCAACUCCCUGCUGAGAUGCUCCAUCAGGCUGCAGAGGAAGCGUGUAGCCACACAUUUAGCCCAGCAGAGAGCGCUGUCGGGGGCAGAAGCUGUCACUGCUCUCAGACCCUUUUACUUUGCAGUCCAUCCUGACUUCUUUGGUCAACACCCCGUGGAACGGGAAGUCAAUGAGACUUCAUUGAAGAGGCUGAAUAGCUAUCUGGACCACCUGCAGAAGCCCGGCUCACACUCAGUCCGGCCAAUGAAGCUCAGUUUUUAUGUCAGGGACACGAAGGACAGCAGCGAUGUGCAGCCGGACCUCCUGGCCUCAGGGUUCCGCUCAGUGAGCUUCACCCUGCACACAUACGAUGUCCUGAGCACGGUGUGGAACGUGUUGAAGUCCUGCAGCCUGCCCACUGAGCACAUGAAGGAUCUCAAAACAAGUGUAGAGACAUCUAAGAGACCACCUGAGGGGGGGGGGGCUUUCUACAGACCUAUUCGAUGGCAUAAGAGCUACUACAGCUUCACUGGAUUCAAAGACCCUGAGCAGGAGCUGCAGCAGGCCAGGAGGGUGGAGCCCACUCUCAUCUUGUGGCUGAGAAACAAUGAGCCUGAGGCCACGAAGAAGAAUACUGCUAGUCUUCCUCGGAGAGAAGAGCUGAACAGACUGAAGAAUGAACUUAGUCGCAAGUUGGAUCUGUCCGACAUCAGGUGGCAGCGCAGCUGGGGGGUGGCCCACAGGUGCUCUCAGCUUCAGAGUCUGAGCCGGCUGUCCCAGCAGGACCCCGGGGCCCUUAGGAACCUGCGAGGACACACGGUUAUGUUUGCUGACCAGUCGGGGUUGAACGCCUCUGGACACAUCAUGCUGGGAACCAUGGACGUCCAUCACCAGUGGACCAAAAUGUUCCAGCAGCUGCCCAGCUACCACAGCCUGCUGCAGCAGAGCGACUGGCUGAAGGAGAGGAUCAGCCUCCUGCUGGGGGGGACUCAGGUGGUCCACAAGGAGAGGCUGGGCCCCAUCCAGCCCAUCAGCGAGCACUACAGCACACUGAACACUUUCCACAAGAGCCUGAUUUCCCGCCGCCUCCGGCUGCACCCCCGCAGCAUGCAGGGCCUCAGCAUGUUGUUAGAGAAUGACCGCACUAAUCCCAGUCUUCAUGAGAUGGGGUACUUCAUCAUCCCUACCACCUGCGACCCCCCCAAGCUGCAGGUGUUCCUGCAGAGCCACGCCCCUGAGGCCAGGCAGCGCACCCAACGCAGAAACCAGCUGCAGGCGGAGGAGGCGGCUGUGGUGAAGCUCUGUCUCCACAACCUGUCUCUGAGUAGUCUGUCCAAAGAGCCCAGUGUGAGCUCCAGCCAGAUGAUCAUGUGCUGCAACAGGCUAGUGGAGCAGCGCUCUCCCCUCAUGCAAGGCCUCCACAUCUGUGUCUCUCAGUUCUACUCUGUCAUGCAGGACGGGGACCUUUGUGUCCCCUGGGACUGGAAGAGCUGAGACUCGGUCCAUGUGUUUGUUACAGCUGUAGAACAAUUCAACAGGAUCUUUGGUUGGAUGUGAGGUGCUGUUCAGUCUCAAGGGAAACCUUUAUAUGGUUAGUGGUGCAGGCGAAUCCAAGUAGAGCUCAGUGGUUCCCCACCUGAGGGUAAGGACCUCUCAAUGACACGAAGAAGAAAGAUACAUUUAUGCUGGAUAAAAUGUCAGUGCUUCAUCCAUCCGUCCAUCUUCUACCGCUUAUUGGGGCAGCAGAGGGUCCCAAACUUCAUUUUCCCUGGCCACAUCAACCAGCUCUGACUAGGAGAUUCCUAGGCGCACCCAGGCUGGCGUCGAGACAAAAUCCCUCCACCCGGUCCUGGGUUUGCCCCUCGGUCUCCUCCCAGCUGGACGGCCUGGAACAGGUGGCUUCUUUACCAGGUGCCCGAACCACCUCCUUUCUAUGUGAAGGAGCAGGGGCUCUACUGUGGAGUCCCUCAGCAUGACCGAACUCCUCACCCUAUCCCUCAGAGAGACGUCAUCCACCCUCCAGAGGAAACCCACCUCAGCUGCUUGUGUCCUCCAUCUGGUUUCAGGCAUGUCUUCUGUUUUUCAGAUGUUCUUAAAUGUUUGCUUUUCUUCUUGAAUACUGGAGAAUUGUAACUCUUCAGGAAUGAUAUGAAAAAUCUAAACCAUAGUGUUUGCCUAAACUUUAAGGUUUCGGAGGCAUUAACUUGUGCAGUUAGACAGUGAGUAUUUUUAAUUGUUGCGUUGAGUGCACUGAGAAAUGAUGGUACUUUAAAAUAAAUAACUACAUAUUGUAUUUUAUUAAUUAUUAGACUUUAACUAUAUAUUGUUAUUUUCUGAACGCUCAUUAAACCUUUGAACCUUUGAUUAUAUCCACUGUUAAUCUACUGUGGACAGAAAAGACUGUAGUAUAAGAGUCACACAUUUUGUACAGUAAAUAAAAUUUAUUUUCAAUGUUCAGACAA